CAAUCUAGUCCUUUUUUCAAUCUAGUAUAACUCCCUUUAAAAGAAAAAUAUCCAAAAUAUUUAAAUUAGCUCUUUGCACUAAAUACCAUAUACUUGCCUAAAACCUCAUAAAUUAGAAUGGAUAAAUUGCCAAAAUGUGAAGCAAACUACGUGGCCCUGACUCCCUUGACUUUCUUGAAAAGGGCCGCCGUCGUUUACUCUGACCGUAAGUCCAUAAUCUAUGGCCGCCUCUCUUUCACUUGGCGGCAGACUUACGAAAGGUGCUGUCGCCUUGCCGCCGCUCUCAAGUCCCUCAACAUCGCCAAGAAUGACGUGGUGUCGGUGUUGGCGCCGAACAUCCCGGCCCUGUAUGAGAUGCAUUUCGCGGUGCCAAUGGCGACAGCCGUCCUCAACGCCAUAAACACGAGGCUUGACGCCCGCAGCAUAGCCACCAUCCUCCGUCACUCGGAAGCCAAGUUUUUCUUCAUCGACCAGCAAUACAUCCCCGUGGCCCGCGACGCCCUCCGCCUUCUGACGGACGGUAACGCCACCAUGCCACUGGUGGUCGUCGUCGACGACAUGCUCUCCCCGACGGGCACCCGCCACGGCUCCUUCAAGUACGAGGACCUCAUUCGUCGAGGCGACCCGUCCUAUGGCCCUGAGGAGGUGUCGGAUGAGUGGGACCCAAUCGCCCUCAACUACACAUCGGGGACCACGUCGUCCGAGCCCAAGGGUGCGGUGUAUAGUCACCGUGGCGCCUACCUCAGCACACUCAGCCUGAUCAUCGGAUGGGGGAUGGGGCCGGAGCCAGUCUACCUGUGGUCCCUUCCCAUGUUCCACUGCAAUGGUUGGACCUUCACCUGGGGUGUGGCAGCCCGCGGAGGCACCAACGUCUGUAUCCGCAGCACCACCGCCAACGAAAUUCACGAGAACAUCUCUCUCCACAAGGUCACCCACAUGUGUUGCGCCCCGGUCGUCUUCAACAUCCUGCUGGAAGACGUGCCCCGUCGAACGCCCGCCCUUGUCGAGGUCCUUACGGGUGGGGCCUCGCCCCCGGCCGCCCUCAUUGAGCGGGUCGAGGGGCUUGGCUUCCACGUGACCCAUGCGUAUGGCCUAACAGAGGCGACGGGCCCUGCGCUGAUCUGCGAGUGGCAGGCUAGGUGGGAUCGCCUAGGGCGAGGGGACCGUACGAGGCUCAAGGCAAGACAGGGGAUCAGCGUGCUGACUCUGGCAGACGUAGACGUGAUCAGGGCUGGAGGGAGCGUCCCGCGUGAUGGGAGGACGGUGGGGGAGAUCGUGCUAAGGGGGAGUGGUGUGAUGAAGGGGUACCUGAAGAACGAAGAGGCCACUCAGGAGGCCUUCCGAGGGGGCAGCGGGUGGUUCCACACUGGUGAUGCUGGGGUGGUCCACCCAGAUGGGUACGUGGAAAUCAAGGACCGGUUGAAGGACGUGAUCAUAUCGGGAGGGGAGAACAUAAGCAGCGUAGAGGUGGAGGCAGCAUUGUAUGAGCACCCGAUGGUGGUGGAGGCGGCGGUGGUGGCGAUGCCACAUCCAAGAUGGGGGGAAAGCCCAUGCGCCUUCGUGAAACUACAGAAAGGGGAACCAGAGGUCAAUGAAGCGGAGAUCGUGCGGCACUGCCGGGAGAGGCUGCCGGGGUUCAUGGUACCAAAGAAGGUGGCAUUCGUGGAGGAGCUACCCAAGACGUCCACUGGGAAAGUACAGAAGUUUCAGCUGAGGGAGCUAGCCCGGAACUUUACCGACGUCUUGCGGUCAUCACUUCCCGAGGACAAUGAGAAUGGUGGUCCCUCGGCAAGCUCAUCGCAUCAGAAUCAUGAGGACUGGAUUUUUGCUAUGUCU